AUGAUAGUGGCCCCUCAUAUGUCUGUUCAUCCAUUUUCUCCGCUUUUCUUCAAGACAAGAGCUUAUUUUUCUGCAGGUCGCCAUGUCUCUUAUCUCAAGGUGAAUCGAGUCAUAGAAAAAAAAAAAUUCCGCCUAUUGAGCAUCAUGUCUUCGCUUCGUCUUAGCUCGCGUUCUCUCCUUUUGAAGCGGCUCUAUGCGAGCUUUAAGCCAGCACCCCAGCUUACUGUGUCUGACUUGAACGAGUCCACUCUCGAAGCAAAAUAUGCUGUCCGAGGUAAAAUCCCCAUUCGUGCCGACGAGUUGAGGUCGGAAAUUGACCUGAACCCUGAUGGUCAUGGCUUGCCAUAUGAUCGCAUCAUCAGUGCUAACAUUGGAAACCCACAACAGUUGGACCAGCAGCCAUUGUCUUGGUACAGACAAGUCUUGUCUUUGAUGCAAUACCCUACAUUGAUUAACAAAAUCAGCACUUUGGACAAGAAAACCGCCGACUCUUUGUAUCCUCCCGAUGUUGUGGAAAGAGCUCGCAAGUUGUUGAAGACUACAGGUUCCGUGGGUGCUUACUCUCACUCUCAAGGUGAUAUCACCGUCAGAAAAUCUGUCGCCAAGUUCAUUUCGGAAAGAGACGGAUACGCAGCCCACCCACAGAACAUUUUCUUGACUAGUGGUGCUUCCUCUGCUGUGCUGUACUUGAUACAAGUGUUAUCCUCAAGCCCAAAUGCUGGUUUCUUGAUUCCCAUCCCACAAUAUCCUUUAUACACUGCUUCGAUUGCGUUGAACAAUGCCAAACCUAUUGGCUAUUUCUUGGACGAGGACAGCCACUGGUCCACAGAUCCCGUUCAAAUCCGCCGUUUGAUUGACGAAAACAAGGCCAACGGUGUGGAUCUCAAAGCUUUAGUUGUCAUCAAUCCUGGUAACCCAACUGGUGCAAUCUUGACCGAAAAGGACAUUGCUGAAAUCAUUGACAUUGCUGCAGAGCACGGUCUUGUGCUUAUUGCUGAUGAAGUCUACCAGGAAAAUGUCUUUGAAGGUAAGUUCGUGUCGAUGAAGAAAGUAUACGCCCAGUUGCUUGAGAAAGAUCCAGAGACAUACAAACACGUCCAGCUUGCAUCUUUGCAUUCUACAUCUAAGGGUGUUAGUGGUGAGUGUGGACAAAGAGGCGGCUACAUGGAGUUGGUUGGCUUCUCCCAAGAAGUGAGAGAUAUCAUUUUUAAGUUAGCUUCUAUCAACCUUUGUCCUGUUGUCUCUGGCCAAGCUUUGGUGGAGUUGAUGAUCAACCCACCUAAAGAGGGAGAGCCAUCUUACGAGUUGUAUCAAAAGGAAACUACGGGAAUUCAUGAUGAUUUGAUGAAGAGAGCUUCUCUUUUGUACAAGUCUUUCUGUGCAAUGACAGAUGUUCAAUGUAACAAGCCACAAGGUGCCAUGUAUCUUUUCCCCAGCUUGAAGUUCACCAAGGAGACGUACAGUAAGUUGUUUGAAGCGUCUGAAGAGUUAAACUUGACACCGGAUGAAUACUACUGUACAGAAUUGUUGGAGAAGACAGGUAUUUGCUGCGUUCCAGGUAAUGGUUUUGGCCAGGUACCGGGAACAUACCAUUUAAGAACUACAUUCUUGCCACCAGGAACUAAGUGGAUCGAGGAAUGGACUAAGUUUCAUGAAGACUUUGUUUCUAAAUACAAGAAUUAG